GGCGGGGAGCCGGGGGCGGGGCCAGCGCUCAAGGGGAUGCCAAUCAAAGCAUCAACUUCAAAUUGUGUCUGAAAGCCGCGCCGCCGAGCGGAGGGCGGCCGCCGCAGUCGGCGCGCGAUCGCGGAGCCGGGCGCAGCCGGGAGCCGGGCGCCAGCGAGCACCGGGCCUAGCAGCAGCCACCGGCCCCCGCCUCCGGGCCGGCCCGAGCGCGCCCGGCCGGCGGCCCGCUGCCCACCGCCUCCCCGCCCCCCGACCCCAGCCUCUCCCCAGCCCCGCGCCUGCCUCCCCCGCCCCUUUGAUACUUGCCCGCCGCCGCCGCCGCCGACUCCGCGGACAUGUCCUUUCCGCAGCUGGGCUACCCGCAGUACCUGAGCGCCGCGGGGCCCGGCGCCUACGGCGGCGAGCGCCCGGGGGUGCUGGCCGCGGCCGCCGCCGCCGCCGCGGCAGCCGCCUCGUCGGGCCGGCCGGGGGCGGCGGAGUUGGGCGCGGGAGCGGGGGCGGCCGCGGUCACCUCGGUGCUGGGCAUGUACGCGGCGGCCGGCCCCUACGCGGGCGCGCCCAACUACAGCGCCUUCCUACCCUACGCCGCCGACCUCAGCCUCUUCACGCAGAUGGGUUCACAGUAUGAGCUCAAGGACAACCCCGGGGUGCACCCCGCCACCUUCGCGGCCCACACGGCGCCCGCCUACUACCCCUACGGGCAGUUCCAGUAUGGAGACCCCGGGCGGCCCAAGAACGCCACGCGGGAGAGCACCAGCACGCUCAAGGCCUGGCUCAACGAGCACCGCAAGAACCCCUACCCCACCAAGGGCGAGAAGAUCAUGCUGGCCAUCAUCACCAAGAUGACCCUCACGCAGGUCUCCACCUGGUUCGCCAACGCGCGCCGGCGCCUCAAGAAGGAGAACAAGGUGACGUGGGGCGCGCGCAGCAAGGACCAGGAGGACGGCGCUCUCUUCGGAAGCGACACCGAGGGGGACCCGGAGAAGGCCGAGGAUGACGAAGAGAUCGACCUGGAGAGCAUCGACAUCGACGAGCACGACGGCGACCAGAGCAACGAGGACGAGGAGGACAAAGCCGAGGCGCCGCGGGCGCCCGACGCGCCCGCGGCCCUCGCGCGGGACCAGGGCUCGCCGCUGGCUUCUGCUGACUCACUCAAGCCCCCAGACUCGCCCCUGGGCCUGGCCAAGGAGCUCCCGGAGCCCGGCAGCACGCGCCUGCUGAGCCCCGGCGCUGCGGCAGCCGGCGGCCUGCAGGGCGCGCCGAACAGCAAGCCCAAGAUCUGGUCGCUGGCCGAGACGGCCACCAGCCCCGACGGUGCGCCCAAGGCCUCGCCGCCGCCGCCUUCCGGCCACCCGGGCGGCGCGCACGGGCCCCCGGCGGGCGCGCCGCUGCAGCACCCCGCCUUCCUGCCCAGCCACGGACUCUACACCUGCCACAUCGGCAAGUUCUCCAACUGGACCAACGGCGCGUUCCUCGCUCAGGGCUCGCUGCUCAACGUGCGCUCCUUCCUGGGCGUGGGCGCGCCGCACGGCCCGCACCUGUCCGCGCCGCCCCCUCCGCAGCCACCCGUCCCCGUGGCCGCUGGGGUGCUCCACGGCGACAAGGCCUCCGCCCGCAGCAGUCCCUCGCUCCCAGAGAGAGACCUCCUCCCCAGACCGGACUCACCCGCGCAGCAGCUGAAGUCGCCCUUCCAGCCGGUGCGCGACAAGAGCGUUGACCCUGUUUCCGGCUGGAUCCUGGACUUCUGAUCUAAGCUUGUCCCGAGUGCCCCGUUCCCUGCGAGACAGCCUGUGCCGGCCUCCGGGGACCUCCUUUUCCCUUUGGACCGAGGCUCAUCUCCGCGGAGGGCCCUUCCCAUGGAGCGCCCCUCCCUGUAAGAGGGGCAUCCUGACCGUGAGGCGCCCCAGUACGUGGAGUAGCCCCUCAUGCCCAGGGGCUUAAGGGCGUCCCAGAGCUACCCACGACUUCAGCCACUUCGCUAAAAAUCAGACACUCGGUUCUGGUGAAGGGGCUCGGGGUCACGCAGGGAUCGGAAUGUUCCAGCGGCCAGUUCCAAGGUACUGGAAGGAGAGCGGGAGGCAGGGCUCCCUGGGGAGACUGAGCUCGGGGAGGGGUGUGUGCAGUCAGCUGGUUAGCGAGCCCCUUCCCGCGGACGUUGCCUCACCCGCGGGGUUUCUCUCGCGAAGGGUCCACGGCCACGCCCGCCCCGUGCGCCCCCAUCGCGUCUGCCUCCCUAGUACUUGGCUUUCUGGGCCGGAUGGGAGGGGGCAGGAGCAGGCGGGGGUGUCCCUGCAUUUUAAACACCAUCACGGGACUCUGGGGACAUGUUGGCUGGUCUCCUUCCGGGAGGGCCCAGUCCCCGCCGUGCCAUUUUCAGCAGACGCGGCACAUUCUAUGGUAACUUUCCAAGUGCCUGCGGUGGUAGGCCCUCUUUCUGCUGGUGGCGAGAACGCAUUAAAUGCAAUUUGCUACUUGCCUUUAGCGCCUUAGUCCAUCAAGAGGGCAUUAAUUGGUGGCGUGAGGGCUGUGUCCCCCGCCCCCAGGGCCUGGGAGGGGGGUCUUCGGGGAAUUUUUGGAGAUACAGCAUUCCCGUGGCUUUCGGAUUGCUCCCUCUGUGUAACCGAUGAGAUGCUUUAAGAACAAGAACAACUGGGGACUCUGUUCCUCCAAGUGUGGUUUCCAGCCCUUCUGGUUCAUGCCUUCGGUGAAAACAAUUAACUUUUGUAUAUUUCAGGAUACAGGCAGGACCUUGUGGAAAUCUUAUUUAAUUAUGUGCUAUAUUAAUGUUAUAUUGAUUAUGUUAUUGCCUGUAAAUCCAGUUGCUUAAUAAAGCUGCAGUCAUUUUGCAAUAAAGUUGUGUUUGCAGUCAAUUAACGGGUGUCUGGGGGCAGACAGCUAUGUGCAGGGGGGCGUUGGCGGGAAGAAAAGUCGUCCCAGGGCUGAAAACCAGAGGAGCCAGCAGAGAACAUCAGUUAUUUAUGCACACGGAGGAAUGUAGGUAACUAUGUGUACAUAGUUGGGCGAAGUCCAGAGGAAAGGCAUAUACCCCGUGCGCUUAUUUUUAGCACAGGGGUCUGGGGACUUAUGAACGGCUGUCUGUAUGGGCAGACUCCCAGGGCCUUGGGGCAGCGUCUGUACGUGAGGCAGGGUAACGCUUGGUUUGAAGAAUCCAAGUGGCCGAUAGCCGCAGAUAUUGGGACCAUGUGAAGGCAGGGGAAGAAAGCAUAGUUUUGUUGCUCAUCACGCUGACUUCCACGUCGGAGAAGCACAUCCCCAAGUUCUCAGGAAAUGCCACGGCCCCUCUGAAGAUCACAUCUGCCAUGAAUACCAUUCGGCAUGUGGUCCGGCUUUUAUCUC